AUGAAGUUCCCAAUCGCCACCCUGGCAGCUGUUGCAGCUGUGGUUUCCGCUCAGUACAACCUGUACAAUGCGACCAAUGGCACGACUACUAUUUCUUCUUCAGCUUCUCCUUCGACCAACUACUCUGCCUCUUUGACCACCUCUUCCUCUUGGUCUGAUGAUGGUACCCAUACCACUCUGCCCAUUUGGUCCGAACUCAUGUCGGACAUUUCUUCUCUGGAGUCAAUGUGGAACAACAGGACCACUUCGGCCGAGUCUGUUGGUCCCACCACCUAUUACGUCGACAGCUCCACUCCGGUGGAAUCUUCUACGUUCUCCUCAGCUUCUUCUGCUUGGAACACUUCCACUGCGAUCUUGACCGCUUCCAACACCUCGACCAUUGCGUAUCCUACUAAUGUUGAACGAGCUGUUCCAGUUCCCACCGGGUUUGAGGACGGCGACGAGUAUGACUAUGAUGAAGACACAGAGGACGAGGACGAUGACGAAGAUGAGGAAUACUGGUACUCCACCUCUGCUCUGUGGAACACCUCUACCGCUCAGGCUACACCUACUCCCAUUUGGAACACGUCUACCUCCUCCACCACUCUCUGGAAUACCUCCACUGUCGUGUGGACUGAGACUGCUACCUCGUCUACCCCUGCCUGGAACUCUUCAACCUGGUGGACCGAGUCUGAGACGCAGACUUCCACCGCUUGGAACACAUCCAUUUGGUGGACUUCUUCUUCUUCUUCUUCUGCUUCCCCCACUACUCUCUGGAACACUUCUUCUUCAGCCACUCCUACGCCCAUUGUGAACACCUCUUCCUGGGUCUGGAGCUCCGUCGAGUCCUCAGCUAGCCCCACCUCGAUCUGGAACUCUUCCACUACUGCUCCCAUCUAUGAGCGAGACUUUGACACUACCUCGUCUUCUUCCAUGAACUGGACCUCCUGGUACCACCACACUGUCUCGACUUCUUCCUGGUAUUCUGGAGACCCCGAGUCCACCUCCAAGGCCGUGACCACCUCUCACGCUACAGCCACAUCUUCUGUCUGGUCCAACUCUUCCACCGAGACGAAGUACUCUAGCUCCACCUGGUACAACUCUUCUACUGCUGCCUACCCCACGAGCUCUUCUAUUUCCGAGAACAGCGAGUACUGGAAUCCCGUUCCCGUCAACUCCACCAUCAUUUCCCCUCCAUACCAGCGACACCGACAGAACACGUCUACCUGGUCUGAGUCUGCACCCACUUCUUCGUACGUGUCCAACACAAGGAACUCCUCCACCGCCUAUCCUACUACCUGGUACAACUCAUCCACCCUCUGGUCCUCCAUCCCCAUCAGUGUCCCCACUGGUAUCUUCAACAUCACUACUCCUCUGACCACAGCUGCUCCCACUACUCCCUCGUACAAUACCUCUCUGGGUUUCGAGGAGCGAGACUAUGAGACUGACGACAGCUACUGGGAGUCCGAAUAUGAGGAAUACGAGGACUGGGAGGACGAGACGUCGACUGAGUACUCCUGGACCACCAGCAGCAGCAAUUUCUCCACCGCCUGGCCUUCUUCUUCAUCCUCUUCCACCUGGUGGACUUCUUCUUCGGCCUUCAACUCUUCCACUCCUGUGACUUCUUACAUCUGGCCCACCUCUUUGGUCAACACCUCUACCAUCUGGUCUUCCAGCUAUGUGGCUAACACCACCACCACCGUGGCCUUCUCCAUUCCUACCACCAACUCUUCUCGAUCUACCCGAUCUGCCCGAUCCAGGUACUCUUCCUCUUCCUUCUCUACUCCCUCGACCACUUCUACUGAUAUCCGGACCUCUUGGGCCCCCGAGGAUCUCAUCGAGCAGCCUGAGCCCACUACCAGCUCCUCCCACUUUGACGAUGCUCCGUUCCCUACCGCCCCACUGCCUCCCCUUGAGUCUGGAGACGAAGCACCUCUGGAAAUGCAGUACCCUGACUCCUUUAUCGAUCUCCCCUGGGUUGAUUACGAGAGUUAA